AUGAUGUUUCCCACUGGAUGUUUAGGUGAAAAUCUGCAGUUUCCUGAGUUUAAUGGGGCAACAGGAAAAAGCGUAGUGCUCGCCCCAGAAGACCCACCUUACACUUCUUUACAGAUUUAUUUAAUUACAUGGACUUUUGGAGGGGUUACUAUUCUUUUCUCAAACGCUGCUGGAACUUCAGUAUCUCCAGACUAUGAAGGCAGAGUUAAUCUGGACCGCACCACUGCUGCUCUGGAGCUCAAGAACCUGAGGCUGAAUGAUUCUGGGCCAUACAGGCUGACUGUUACAACAAGUGAUUUACAAAACCAUGCAGGACAACCUUCACUCAAAGUGUAUGAAACAGUAUCUGACACAACACUCAUCGGUCCACAGGAAUCAUUAAUAGAGGACGAAUCAAGUGUAAAGUUAACCUGUGAAGGAAGCGGCAACAUCACUUCUGUUGAAUGGAUGAAAAAUAAAAAUCCACUGACACCCAGCAACAGAAUCACAUACUCAUAUGAUAACAGAUCAGUGUUGAUCAGUUCAGUGAUCAGAUCAGACAGUGGAGAAUAUCAAUGUACAUUAAGAAACCCUGCCAGCUCUGAUACUGCAAACCUCAGACUUUUCAUCAACUAUGGACCAGAAGAUGUUUUUAUUAACGGCCCGAAUGAAGUGGAUUCAGGCCGUCCUGUGUCACUGUCUUGUUAUGCCAUUUCUGUACCUUCUGCAUCAUUCAUCUGGAGGUUUAACGGAUCAGACACCGGUGUAACCACAAACACAUUUACCAUUGAUAAGAGUGACAUCACACACAGUGGAGAUUACAUCUGCACAGCCCACAAUGAUGUCACAGAGAUAAAUGUCCCUCAAAGACAUCUAUUAGUAGUUAAAGCAGGUGGUGGAGGUGGAGGGCUGACAACAGGAUCAAUAGUUGGGAUUGUCAUUGGAGUUUUAGUGGCAGUUGCAGGCAUUUUUGGUUUGAUUUUCUACUUUAUAAAACAAAGACAACAUUCUGAGCCUGGCAUUAAAAUUGCUGAAACUUCUACGAUAUAUGAAAACGUUGACUUUAAAAAAUAA